UCCCGCCCGGCCGCUUUUGAGCGGUGCACCGUUUGGACUUGGGGCGGGAGUCUCAGCUUCGCUGCCGCGGAAAGGCUUGGAAGUGGUCAUGAUGCCGCGUGCUAAAAGAGCUUUGAAGCUGGAAAAUCUUAUUCCAGAAAAAAUGCCAGCAACAUCAUCAGUAAAAGGAAAGAAAAAUAGCCUUCUUUUUUCACCAAUAACAGGAACAUGUCUAAUGAGUUCAUUUUCAAGUCCCAGGAGUAAUCAUGCCAAAGAACAGAGAAAUGACCUAUCAUACGUUCUAUCAAGCUGCAGAAAUACUGCCAAAGAAUCGGAUGAAAUCAGAGAGUCUGACAAAGUCUUGCCAACCCAAUCCAAUAGAAAGGAGCAACAUCAAAUGAAAAACAAUGACAAACUCUUGGUAUUGCAGUCUGAAGUUGAACAUUCCCUGGAAAGAUUCCUGAAAAUCCGAAAAAACCUAACCAAUCUGAAGGCUUUAGAGGGCACCGGAGAGCUGGAAAAUAUUCUGGGCACUUCAAACAAGCCUGGUAACUUAAAAAUUGAAGUGAGAAAAUCCAGGAAACUGAUUGAGCAAGUCAGAAAGAGAAACCUGCAAAAACCGGGUGCUGUUAGACUUUCUACUCAAGAGAAUCUCCAACCUGCCAAUAGCUUUGCAUUUCUGAAAUCUCUCAUUGGCUAAGGUCUUAAGAAUAUACCAAGCUUGGCUGCAAGAUUCUCCAACUGCCUGAUCCUACUUAAAAGGUUAAAAAAAAACCUUCCUGUAAAUCUAUCUCUCCAGCAAAUACCAGCUAAGGAUUGCUCAGUGUACCAGGCAGGUGCACAACUAGAUACAGUUUCUUGCAUCUAAUUUAAACUUUACAAUCUGUACAACCAGUUAAUCUCAAUGUAAAUAAUACACUUGCCAUAGCCUUUUAUGCAAAUAUGUAAUGGUAUAAAUUGUAUUCUUCUAUAUAGUUAAAAAACAACUAAGAAAACCUGCCCUAUGUUAGUAAAAAUUCUUUAAUGAGCUUUUCAUUACAUUUUGAAAGAAGGCCUACUUUUAGAGAUCGAUGCUAUUUCCCAGGCCUUCAAACAAACUGCAAAUUUCACAGUAAUUAUAUGCUCCAUGCUGCCUCUGAUGGCCUGCCAAUUCUACCACAAACAAUGAAGAUGCCUUGCCAAUUUACAGCACAUUGUUUAUCUUAUCAGCACACACAAAUUCAAGCAAAUAUGCCAUUUAUCUUUGUAUAUAAUCCUUCAUUUGUUAAUAAAGACUUAUGGGAUCCAAGCAUUGUGUAUGUAAUUACUAUUUUAGCGAUGUUGGUUUCCCAGUGAAGUUCAGUUUUUUUAUUGUUAGUGAAACCAUCCAACACCAGUAUAUGUUUUGUGUUAUUGGAACUUAAACAACUAAAUACAUUAAAGGUCAAUCCUUAAAAGGUUAAGUAUUUUCGUGAAAUAGUAUUUGCAAACAUAAAAAUUAAGCUAGUUCUAAUAUAAGGUAAUCCUUGUUUAAUGUCCACUUGUUCAGAGAUCAUUUGAAAUUACAGCACUGAACAAGGGGUACUUACCCAUGGAUCUUGUGACCACAGCAGCAUCCUCUUGAUAGCUUUUUGACCAGUUCUCAAAUUUACAACCAUACCAGCAGGAUUUUGUGAUCAUGAUUCAGGCACUUAUGUGAUGAUUCAGGCACUUUGUAACUGGCUCAUAAUAAUGUUGCAGCAUCCCAAAGUCAUGUGAUCACCAGCUGUGACCUUUGCUACAGGUGUCUAACAAGGACAGUAGGGAAGCCAUCAGAUAGUUACAAAUGGUCACAUGACUGGGACAUGACCACCUGGGAUUCAUCUAAAUGACAGCAACACUGGGACAGCUGAAAUUAAUACUGUAAGUGUAGUCAUGACACCACACAUCUUAUGACUGAAUAUCAAAAUAGCAGCGCUGGAAGGAACCUUGGAUGUCUUCAACCCCUGCUCAAGCAGUAGACCCUAUACCAUUUCAGAUAAAUGGUUGUCCACUCUCUUUUUAAAAACCUCCACUGAUGGAGCACCCACAACUUCUGAAGGCAAGCUGUUCCACUGAUUAUUUUUUAUUCCUGUCUCAAUUACUGUUGGUGAGGACUACCUUUAUAUGCAUUGGGACCCAUAAAUGAUUUCACAUUUCAGUUUGCAUAUUAGAGGCACAUUUUUAAGACAGACAAUUUUAAACGGAAGUAAUGAAAUGUUUUGUUUGCUUUAUGAAAAACGUACUUUUCUAAAUUACUAAUAACUUAGUUUAGGAAUAGCGAAGACUGGGAACUUGAAAUCAUUUUUCUAAUUUCUUUAACUAGCACAAUCUUUAUUAUUUAUUAUUUCUUUCUCUUACAAAAAAGAGAAUGGAAAGAAAACAGAUUGCUUCAGAAAACUUGUUACCAAGAAAUUAUUAUAAAACAAAAGAGCAACGCAUGUAAAUCAAUGUCUUGUGUACUUGUAUAAUUCAAUAAAGAUAUUUGAGAACCUAGAAUGUGAAUUAAG